UGAACGGACGUCUAUUGAGGUGGAACACGCUGAAGAUGACAGCUGAGAAAGAGCACACGCCACUGAAAGUCAACCCUCAAGUUAUGGCAGAAGAGGUUGAUGAGGCGAAAUUGCAAUUAUUAAAAGGUGGUGCCUUUCUAACCACUGUGGCAACAGCUGGUAUGUUUGCGGGUUUUGGCUCCACCCUGGCAUUGGCGAAGAAGAAGAGCCCUGAGUGGUUCAGCAAGGGGUUGGUGGGCUCAGCGGUGGUGCCUGAAAGUGGGGCGUCCCUGGCUCUGCGGGCUUUGGGAUGGGGCUCUCUCUACGCCUGGUGUGGCGUAGGUUUACUGAGCUUCACCGUCUGGAAGGCCAUGGGCGUCCACAGUUUGUCAGAGUUCAGACAGAAGAUGCAGUCCUCUGUCCCAGCAAUACCAAAAAACGAAGUAGCCAACGCCGAGCCUGUGGAUUGGGACGCCGUCUUCAGUACCAAGUCAUAGGGUCCACACCUGCCCUGAACCUUAGCAACAUCAGAAAACUGAUUUAACGGGACUUGACACAGACGCGGCCUCUCAUGAAUUGACCUGAUUGAGGUCAAAUUAAGGCAGACAACAUGGUGACCCAGUUUUUCUUGAAAGACACCGUGCCCUUUGGAGAUCCCUCCACACGCAAAGACUUUCAAAGCCUCUGGUAGGUGGUGACUUCAGAGGGACUGGACCCAACUGUCAUUACUCGUUGAAGAAGGGAAGCAGCAAAAGAUGUCGCCACUACACCCCAGCGGUGUGCAUCAUUUCUUCCCAUUAUAGGUUGAUUUCAAAAGGGAUGUAAGGUCACAAGGUCAUGGUCAUCACAAGGCUGUGGAUUUCUUUGCCUUGCGUUUGUGUUAUUUAAGGUGCUGUGAGCUCUUGCUCCCAUUUUUUUACUUUAGACAUUGACUUACCAAAUUGGCUCAGAUACAGAGCUGAUUCUUCUCAGAACAUAAACAGCUUUGAGACGAUUUUCAAGUGAAAUACACACAAGUUCUUGACUUAACUGACAGGAUCUUGUCUCGAGCCAUUGUACCAUUAAAAGAAAGUGGCAGAAGAUGGCUAUGAGUAUGCAUUAUGACAUGAACGGAGUAAACAUCCUGGUCCCUUUAAUCAGGAUUCUAGUGCUGUUUAAAUAAGCACAUGAUUUGCCAAUUAUCCUUUACAACCUGGAAUUCGAGAGUCAGAUGCUCCCCAACGGCAGCCUGCCAUUCUAGGGCCAGACACUCGAAGAGGGCCGAAAACAAACUCUUGAAAUGGUUGCACAAGGCUGAACGGUGCGUCAAGCCUGAACGGUGCUUGUAACUGCUAAACGCACAGGACAAACAUCAGCAGCGCAGGUAACCUGGUUAAAUGAAUUUGUCAUGCAAGCGCUGGUACUGCCUCAAGUAGUGAGACGUGAGUUGGAUUGGUGGUGUGGGCUAGAGGGUAGAGAUGAGCACUUGUGAUGUGGGUCUGACACCAUAACGGAGGUGUUAGGAGAGUUUUCCAAGCGGCGUCCACUUCACCCCCACAGAUAGGAAUUUAGGGUGAGUUUUGUGUGUAAAUGUAAACAGGACCUGUAAACUCUCCUGUUCAGUCAGCCAAAGGGUAGAAGGAUUUUAUUUUUCUAUUCUACAUUAAUGUAGUGUAGGACUAGCCCAGAUAAAUCCGUGAUGGAAGGUUAGUGCUGUUCAUUUUGUUUGUUUAUGUGGAAUAAAUUGUGGAAUGACUACAGUUAUUGAUGUAUCCAAAAUCACUUUUAAAUUAAGUCAUUGAAUGUGUUUGAAAGUAGGGCUGGGCUUUUGUUUUAUCGCCCAGGCCUAUUCGAAAUACAACACAAAACACUCAAAAACCAUGGUCACAGUGCUCAACCAGAUUUCAUGUACAUUUACUUUUUAACAUGUGGAACAUGUAGUAUAAAGACUUUAUACUGAAUAAACAAUGGUCUUCAAAUCAAA